CCUCUGCACGCAGGUCGCCAUGGAAGAGGAGAUCGCCGCCCUGGUCAUCGACAAUGGCUCCGGCAUGUGCAAGGCCGGCUUCGCUGGGGACGACGCCCCCAGGGCCGUGUUCCCGUCCAUCGUCGGGCGCCCCCGGCACCAGGGCGUCAUGGUGGGCAUGGGGCAGAAGGACAGCUACGUGGGCGACGAGGCCCAGAGCAAGCGCGGCGUCCUCACCCUGCGGUACCCCAUCGAGCACGGCAUCGUCACCGACUGGGGCGACAUGGAGAAGAUCUGGCAUCACACCUUCUACAACGAGCUGCGCGUGGCCCCCGAGGAGCACCCCGUGCUGCUGACCGAGGCCCCCCUGAACCCCAAGAUCAACCGGGAGAAGAUGACUCAGAUCAUGUUCGAGGCCUUCAACACCCCGGCCAUGUACGUGGCCAUCCAGGCCGUGCUGUCCCUGUACGCCUCUGGCCGCACCACGGGCAUCGUCAUGGACUCCGGGGACGGGGUCACGCACACGGUGCCCAUCUAUGAGGGCUACGCCCUCCCCCACGCCAUCCUGCGCCUGGACCUGGCCGGCCGGGACCUGACCGACUACCUCAUGAAGAUCCUCACCGAGCGUGGCUACAGCUUCACCACCACGGCCGAGCGGGAGAUCGUGCGCGACAUCAAGGAGAAGCUGUGCUACGUCGCCCUGGACUUCGAGCAGGAGAUGGCCACCGCCGCCUCCUCCUCCUCCCUGGAGAAGAGCUACGAGCUGCCCGACGGGCAGGUGAUCACCAUCGGCAACGAGCGGUUCCGGUGUCCAGAGGCCCUCUUCCAGCCCUCCUUCCUGGGCAUGGAGUCCUGCGGCAUCCACGAGACCACCUUCAACUCCAUCAUGAAGUGUGACCUGGACAUCCGGAAGGACCUCUACGCCAACACGGUGCUGUCUGGCGGCACCACCAUGUACCCGGGCAUCGCCGACAGGAUGCAGAAGGAGAUCACCGCCCUGGCGCCCAGCACGAUGAAGAUCAAGAUCAUCGCCCCGCCGGAACGCAAGUACUCGGUGUGGAUCGGCGGCUCCAUCCUGGCCUCGCUGUCCACCUUCCAGCAGAUGUGGAUCAGCAAGCAGGAGUACGACGAGUCGGGCCCCUCCAUCGUUCACCGCAAGUGCUUCUAAACGGACUGCGGGCAGAUGCGUAGCAUUUGCUGCACGAGUGGAUGAGCCUCCGUUUGCCCUGGCAAAUGCACACCUCGUGCUGGCCCCGAAACUGGAACACGCCUUCACAAAGAAAUUGUCCUUGAAGCCUGUACUGAGCUCAGCACUGGAUUGUAGGCCUGGUUGCUGAUGUUGACCUGUAUUCAAGUUACCUGUUGUUCCCUUGGUACAUGUUUAACGCCCUGUACAUACCUUUCAUUUAAACCCCUGUACACGCGUCAGUCACUUGGUGGCCGAGAUGAGAACAUGUUUCUUCUGCAGGAAAAAUCCAGUGGCCCCGGGAGCCCGCGGGGCCUCGUGUGUGCGGGGUCCUGGCCUGUGGGAGCUGCUCUUUCCAGGAGCUCUGAGUGUGGCACGUGCCCUGCCCAUUACCACUGCCCUGCCCUCCACGGGGUGGGGUGGAGGGUCCGAGCAUGGGGCCCACUUUUCCUUAGUUGAUGUUCCUGCCAGAACCCCUGGGCGGUUACUUGCCUUGAGUUGGAAAACGGUCUGCAUUUCCACCUGUAAAUCUUUGUCCUUUUAAUUUAUGUAAGGUUUUUGUACGCGAUUCUUUCAGAAAUGACCAAUUUUGGUUUUCUACUGUCAUGUGAGAACAUUAGGCCCCAGCAGCGCGUCAUUGUGAGGAAAAUAAAAGUGCUGCAGUAAGAA